AUGAAUUUAUCAAAUGGUUUAGUAAGUAAUGAUUCAAGCGAACAGAAUGAAAGUGAUUAUGAUGAUAAUGAUGAAAAUAUUAAUAAAAUAAAUGAAUUUAUUGAAAAACUAGACAUGUUAAAUAAUAAUUAUGAUCUAAAAAUAAAAUUAAAUAGGCAAAGGGAAAAUGAAAAUUAUGUUAAUAAUAUUGAUAAUAUAAAUAUAUAUAUAAAAAAACAUGAAUCAUUUAAAAAAAAACUGAAUGAAAUAAAUAACUUUUUUAAAAAAAAAUGUAAUUAUGAUGCUUUUUCAAAAAUUGAAAAAGUUUAUGUGACUAUAUCUAAUAUAAAUUCAUCAUAUGAAUUUAUUUCUCUAAAAAUUAAAAUUCAAGAUUAUAUAGAGAAUAUAGAAAAAAAUAUAAAAAAUAAUUAUUUAAAUACUAUACCUUAUCUAAAUUUGUUUUUACAAAUAAGAAAAAAAAUACAUAAAUAUAGUUCUUUAUAUUUUUUUUAUUCAAAGAAUGAAAAAUAUAAUAUCCAAAACUCAAAUUUUUUAAAAAAAGAGGAAACAAUAAUUGAAAAUGAUAUAAUUGAUUAUGUUAAUUAUAAAAAAACUUUUAUUUUUCAGAAUGUUUCAGAUAAAAAAAAUGAACAUGCUCAGGUAUAUAACCAAAUAUAUGAAAUGGAUAAAGAAAAAAUUAAUUUACUUAACAAAUACUAUAAUAAUGUGAAAAGGAUAAUUGAAGAAGAGAUAAUUGAAUAUAUUAGAAAAAAAGAUAUUGAUAAUAUAAAAAAUAAAAUAAAAAUUUACUUAAGCUUGUUUCAAAAUCAAGAAAAAGAAUAUUUAGAAAAUAAAACAUGUAAUAGUAAUAUAAGCUCUCCUAAUGAAAAUGAAAGUGAAGAAAUGAGAAAUAAUGAAAAUAAAGAUGAAUACGAUGGAAGCAACACAGAUUAUGAAGAAUAUUUCAUUAAAGACAACAUAAAAACUAAUACAAAGGAAAAAAAAAAUGUAACUAAAAAAAUUAAUUCAGAAAAUAAAGAUAAUUUGUCAUUUAAUAAAUCAGAAUAUGAACAAAGUAUAAUUGAUAAUUUAGGUGAAAAUAAUAAAAAUAGCAGCAAAGAUAUAAAACCUAAUAAAAAGGAAGAAUCAAAAAUAAUUAACAAUAUAGAUGAUUAUUUAAUAUAUUUUGAUGAAUAUUUAUUUAUUUGUUAUGUUACUAUUUCAUUAGUAGAAAUUGAAAUUGAUAAACUUUUAGAUUUAUUAAAUAGUAAAAUUAUGAGCAAUGAAGAUAAUGUAUAUAUCGAAUGCAUAAAAAAUACUUACAGUUGUUUUUUCAAAUAUAAUAAAUUUUUUGAAAAUUUAGUUCAUGAUCAUAUUGUAUAUAUAAUUUAUAAUAGAAAGAUAGAAUUAAUUUUUAACAAAGUUAUUAAUGUAAUAUUUAAACAAUUUUUUUCACAAGUUAAAUUAUCUAUUGAAAAUUUUGAUGAAUUAAAUAAUUACGAUAAAAAUAUAGAAAUACUGUCAUUAUUAUGUUAUAAUUUUCUUAAUAUUAAAAAAUUUCUUUAUGAUUUAUCAUUUAAAAAAUUUGAAAAAGUUAAUAACAUUUUUGAUUUUAAAAAUUACAUAAAUACAAAUACAUUUUCAAUUGAAAACUGCCUAUAUAAAAACCUACCUUAUAUAAAUUUGAUUCAAGAUGCAAUAUGUUCUUACAUUGAUAAUGAAAUACUAUUUUCAAAACAUUGCAUAGAUAAAGCUUUUAUAUUAACAGACGAUAUAAUGUUAUCACUUAUCGGUGAUGAGAAAAAAGAUUUCAACUUUGAUGAAAAUUUUAAUUUUGAUAAUGCAAUAAAUAAUAAUGAAUUUACGUCUACUUUUUUAGAAGAUGCUUUUUACAUUUUUCAAAAAUGCGUGUGCAGAAGUAUAAAUAUGAAUGACAUUAAUACUAUAUGUGUUUUAAUAAAUAAUAUAAUGACUGUCUUAUCUACAACGUUGAAAGAUUAUUUAAAAGAAAAUGUAAAAACUAGCAAAAAUAUUUAUUCUUCUUUUAUUCAUGAUAUGAAUAAUUUGAAAAAUUUUUCCUUUACUAAUCUAUUAAACAGUAUUGAUAAAAAUAAUUAUUUUGAAGAAAAUAGCAGUAAAACCAUAUUAUUGGCCCAAAAUUUUGUAAAUUCUUUUACCUAUAUUAAUAAUGAAAAUAAUAAAACCAGUAAUACAGCAAUCAAUUUAAGCAAAAAUAAUUUUUCGAAAGAUAAAACCUCAUUUAGUAAUAAUAUCAGUAACCAAACAAAAAACAUUUACGAUUUUUUAACUCCAAGUCAUUAUGAGAACUUAUUUAAUCCGUUAAUGCCUAACCAAAAUAUAAAAAAUCAAAUUAUUAACUCAAAAUUUAGUUACCCACAUUGCAUAAAUAAUAUUGAUUCAUGUUAUCAAUAUAUUCAGAAGUAUAAAGUAUUUAUUAAUGAUUAUUUUACAGAACAAUUUUUACACAACAAUAAGGAAAAAAAGGAAGUUCAAAAUUAUUUACUUAUGUUCAAUAACUCAUUAGCAAUUUAUGAUAAUUUAUUAAAAGAUUAUGAAAAAUUAAAUAUUGAAAACUGCAAAAUUUUAUUAAAUAUUUUAAAAAUACAUUUUAUUAAUCAAUUAAUAUUAAUUGAAGAUAUAAAUUUUGAUAUUACAAAUGAACAAUAUUCAUAUUACCAAUUAAAUGAUCCUUAUAUAAGUAAUUUAAUAAAUAGAAUAAAAUUAAUUUUGCACCACAUAUCCUUAUAUUUUAACCAAAAUAUUUUUCAUAUAUGUAUCCAUUUACUAGCAGAAAAGAUAUGCAAAUAUAUUGAAAGAAUUAUUAAAAAAAAAAAAUUCAAUUUAUAUGGUUGUGUACAAAUUGAUAAUGAUAUAAGAAAUUUGAUGUUAUUUUUUACGUCUUUAACAAAUACUAAUGUUAAAAAAGAGUUUUCAAAAUUAUUUGAUAUAUGCGAAUUAUUGAAUAUAAGUGAUUUACAAGAUUUUAAAGAUUUAUAUGAUGAAAAUAAAAACAAUUUGAAUUCAAAUGAAAUUGAGAAUAUUUUAUCAUUAAGAAAUGAUAUUUCUGAAGAACUGUUGAAGUCUAUUAAAUUAUAUAUUAAUUCAAAAAUAAAAUAA